UUUGUGAUUAGUAUUGUCAAAUCCUUUUGAUAAUAAAUUUAUUAUUUACUACUGUAUACAUCCAACACUGCGAUUUUAAAUAAAUUUUUAAUAUAUUAACAUACAAUUGUCAUGAAAUCGUUAUCUAAGAGAUGAGUGUCUUUGGAGAUUUUCAACGUGUGUGGGUGCAACGUUUUCCAGAUAGUACUCUGCCUGCCGCUUGGGAAGAAGAUGUUAGAGCUAAUUUGGCUAAACAUAAACAGAAGGUGGCUAUACUCAGAGAGGAACUUGAAAAAGAAGAAUUCUAUGUAGAGUACUUAGAGACAUUAUUGUCUGAUGUUGAAAAACAUAAGGCAACAUCUCAAAACAAUAAAACGGCGCCGCCCUCAGGUGACACUAGUGACGAUAAGACUUCUGAUAGCAAGCAGGGUUCUAAUACAAAUUCAUUGUCUAAGAAAAGUGAUACAAGUGAAAAAAGUGAUGAUUCAGAAGAGGCCUUAGAAGUAGAUGAUGAAAAGGUUCUUUUAAGAAGUAGACCAUUAAAUCUUAUUGAAAGAAGUUCUGUCAAUCAGUGUAUAAAUGAACUGUCAUCAAACCUCGCAGCAGAGGCAGCUAGGAGACGCUGCAAUAGUGAGGUGCUGAGAAGAACUGAUAAUGAACCAAAUAUAAAAGAAGGUGAUGAGUCAUCUAAUUCUACACAUGUUAAAUGUCGUCCAGUGUCACAAGCCGGUGAUUUUGUAACAGUUAUUGAAGUGAAUGGUCUGAAAGCUGCAGAGAAAGCCGCAAAAAAACAAGAUGAGUCACCACAGUCCUCGGAGAGCAGUUCUGGAGAUGCUGUGGCAGCUGUUAAAAAGAAAGUCCCACCCAAGCCACCUCCAAAAGUAUUCAGCAGAAGGGGAGCAUCCUUACCCGAAAGUGGUUUAUCUGAAGACAGUCCACCAUCAUCACUAGGAAGACGGCUGCGUAGCUCUGAAUCAAGAGAAUCUAUUGCCAGUCGAGGUUCUACACCUUCAAUAAGUGAAAGGGUAAAAAGCUAUGAGUCAAUUAACUCAUUGUCUUCAGAGCGUAAGAUAUCAGGUGGGGCAGCUACUCCUCGAUCAAUUGACGAAGAAGUUACAUCUACAACACCAGAUUUUCCAGCAGUCAGUGAUGAUAAAUCAGCUCCUAUUUCCUUAGAGAGUAUACCAGGAUUGGUCCGUAGUGGGGAUGAUGAGCCAUACUAUGACCAAGUGCCUGUAGAUAUUAAUGAUGGGGAAUAUGUUUACAUACAAGCCGGUGGUGCGGGCUCUAGUACAGAGGAGAGUUCUAGCGGUACUAGUACGUUGGCGAUGUCAAGUGCCCCCUCGGCGCCCAGUGCCCCCUCGGCGCCAACUGCUCCCUUAGCACCUGACUCACCACUGUGCGCCACCGCGCCCAACUAUGUCAACAUACAUUAUUUCAUACAGCACGGAGGCGAGGGGCCUGAGACUAGUGAAACAAGUUCAGAGCUGGCAGACUCGAGCGACACGCCGCUGUUCCUGAGGACUAUUUCAUCCGACACUGACGCCAGCGCAACGCCCCCCGUCUUGAGGAAACUCCAGCAUCAGGAUUCUAGUAAUAAUGCCGAAGCCGAACGUCUCACCAUGCAUCGCUGUAUCGUCACAAGUAUCAUUGAAAGUGAGACGGUCUAUGUGGAGUGUCUUUACGUCAUGGAAAAGUACAUGAACGCGAUCAAAGCGACGCUAUCCACGUCUCAACCUGUGAUAACGGAGGAGGAAUUCGGAACUAUUUUCUAUAAGAUAUCCGAGCUGCACGAGCUUCACAAGAACUUUCUGGAAGGGCUUAAAUCUGCGGUCGCCAGUUGGGAGGAACCUUUGUGCGUUGGAGUUUAUUUUAAGAAAAUGGCAGAGAACAUAAACAUAUAUGGGGCAUUCCUCCACAACUACGGGCGCGCGACGGACGCGGUGCGGCGCCGCUGCUCGUCGUCGCAGCGCUUCGCGGAUCUCACCAAGCAGAUCGCAUGUCGCGGACAGCCCGUGUCGCUCGAUGACUUACUGCAUAAACCCGUCGCGAGGGUACAAAAGAACGCGCUUGUUCUGCACGACCUUAUAAAAUAUACGCCAGCGAGUCACCCCGAUCACGCGAUGUUGACCGAAGCUCUGAACAUGACGCAGCAUUUCCUGGACGAAUUCAACAUUAUUCAAACCAAAUCUAUGUUUCCGAAUUCCGACCGCGCUCAACGGCGCCUCGUCAAGAAUUCCUUUAUCGUGGAGCUAUCAGACGGACACCGGAAGCUGCGUCAUUUGUUCUUGUUCAAUGAUGUCAUUGCCUGCGCUAAGUACAAGGCGUCAGGUCGCGAUAAGUUCACGUUCGAGCUGAAGUGGUUCAUAGCACUGCCGGACAUAGUGGUGGUGGAGGAGGACGGCAGCGCGGUGGAGCGCGAGGCCUCGCCCGCCAACAUCGUGGCGCUCAAGUCGCAGGCGUGCACCGUGCGGGACCAGAUCCUGGCCGAGGAGCGCGCGCUCACCGACGACAAGAAAAUAAGACUGGGCAACCGAGGCACUGCGGAGAAACAGCGCAAAAAGCUAGCUGAACUUGAGAGUCAGCUGAUGCUGGCCAGCCCCAACCUGGUGUUCCGUAUCGCGGCCCGUGCGCCCGCCUCCACGGCGCUACAACGACAGCACGUGUUCUUCCUCAGCUCUGAGUACGAGCGCACGCAGUGGAUCGACUCCAUACACGCGCUUCAGGCGUCUUCCGCUCCGCCUGCAGGGUCGAGCGCGGUGUCCAUGUUGGAGCUGCAGGGUUGGGUCACGGCCUGCCGCUCCUACCUGCAGACCGACAUGGGCUCGUACCUGCUCCGCGGCGGCUGCGACGACUCGCUGCUGCUCGGUGACCUGCAGCUGCACGUCGGCGGCAUCACCACACCGUUUGACACAGCUGCAGACUAUUACAUAGUGGUCGAGGUGGAUUCGUACGGCCACUAUUUCCGAAAAGCAAAGUCGAAGUUAGUGUGUCGGAGUGCGCAGCCGAGAUGGAACGAGAGCUUUACGAUAGAUCUGGAGGGGUCACAGAACUUGCGACUGCUGUUGUACGAGGACGCGGCGCGACCGGUACUGCGAGGGAAGUGUACACUCAAGCUCUCUCGCGAGUGGGUGCGCGAGGGCGCGGCCGGGGGCGUGUCCCGCUCCGUGUCGCUGGCGGGCGGGUCUCUGCCGCUGCGGCUCAAGCUGCUGCCGCCCGAGCGGUCGGCCCGCCACGUGCCCAACGCCAAGGCCGGCGCGCUCUUCGGCGCCAAGAUACAGAGUGUAGCCAAACGCGAGAAACGCAACAUACCAUUCAUAAUAAGUGCGUGCGUGCGCGAAGUGGAGCGGCGCGGGAUCCACGAGGUGGGCAUCUACCGCGUGUCAGGCAGCGCCUCGGACCUCAACAGGCUCAAGAAGAGCUUCGAAACCAACGCUUAUGAGGCGGAACAGCUGCUCAAAGAGGUGGACAUCCAUAGCGUGACCGGGGUACUGAAGCUAUACCUGCGAGAACUGCCCGAGGCACUGUUCACUGACGCUCUCUACCCGGAACUACUGAAAGCCUGGGGAUCCACACAGGGUGCCGGUGCGUCAAUUGAUUCAGGGCCGGCGCACACGAGACGACACGCCCUUCUUAAAUGCUACGCGCAGCUUCCAGAUCUCAAUAAAAACUGCAUCGACUUUCUACUCAAUCAUUUUGUUAAGGUAAACCAACACGAUGCAGAUAACAAAAUGUCCCUGCACAACUUAGCGACCGUGUUUGGACCAACACUAUUGAGGCCAGCGAGUGCUGCGGCCGGCGCCAAGAUCAGGACAGAUCUUCUAGCUGCAGGCACUGUGGACGCCAUGGCACAAGCUGGCAUUCUUUAUUGUUUAUUGCAGCAAAGACAACUCGCAGCGCAGCUGUCUUCGCACCAUAGAGCACCGGCGCUCUUAGAUUAGACUGUCUAUGGAAAAUGUUAGACUGCAUGCUUUAAACCCUUGCUGAAGCUAAACCUGUUCAUUAUUGCAUUUCGUAUGUACGUUUUUCAAAAAGACACUUCAUGUGUAUAAAAUGACUGAAUAAUAUACGAAACAAUCGUAGAAUUAUGAUUAGACCUCAAUAUGUCACAAUCAUAACUGUAUAAAACAUAUUUUACUAAUCUUAUAUAAGCAAUGGGAGCUUGAACAGUGAGUAAAACAAGCAAGUGUACAGUCAAGUACAUCAAUAUUGAAUUGUCACUUCUGCAAGAUCAACCACACCGCUCAAGUACCCAAAAGCAUAUUACCCAAACGUGCAAUUUAAUGAAGCCAUUAUAUUUCUUCUAAUUCUUUCAAUGACCAGGAAUCUGGCUUGAAUAUCGAGCAAUUUUACAAUUCCGGAAUUUGGUUUUGCUAGUUAAUGAUAAUAAACAAAAUAGCUAUCCAACAUUUUAAUUACAGAAAGCAGUUAAUCUAUUGUCUUGGACAUUACUUUUGUAAAGAAUCUCAAGAAAGUAGUCAAAAUCAGAACGCUCAAUCUGUCGUCUUUUUACAGCUUCUUUCUAUAAGCCUCAAAAAUGCACUGCACCUCAUACCGCGAUGAAACAUGUCAAUUCCGGAAUUAGGUAUUUAUAACUAAAUAUUGUAAUGGUUCGGAAUUUCAAGCCGAACGACGAAAAUCUAUUUAAAA